CAUAACUGCAUGAUGAGUGGCAUCUGUUUUCUCAAAUUCCGUUCGGCUGUUUACCGGCUAUCACCGGUAAAUGCGUAUACGUGGCGCCAUUUAAGCUGGAGAAUUGUUUUCUGUAGAGAUUAAAGAAUGAAAGCUUCGUUAGAUAUGUGGAAUACUUUGAAAUAUGAAUUUUUAUAUGUUGGACUUUUGUAGUCAGUAGUAUAAUUGUGGAUAUAUAUACGGCCUACAUACUCCCUUUUGAGUCCUAACACUAACACCAAGGUGAGAGAGUGUGUGUAAAAGUGAGGACCACACGAGUGAUCAGAAGCUAUCAAAAGGGAAUCUCUGGCAUUAGCGUCGUCACCAUCGUCAUCGUUUUCAUUCUCUCGAGAAGAAGAAAACAGAAAUACAACUGGAGAUUUCGUUCUAGAUUGAAGAACUGACGUACGAGCGGAAUCGUAUGAAGAAUGAGGAAUGGAAGAAGUUAGUAAGGAAUUAGCGAUCGAGGUAUAGCAUUCUGAGUUGGUGUGGUUAUGGUAAUGGAGGUUACACAGGCAGGAGUCAGAACUAGAGCUCGAGCUAUGGUGGCGGAGGAGACGGAGGAUAAUUCGGAAGCAGUGAAGAGGAGAAAGGUCGGUAAUGAGAAAUUGAGGUCGCCGUCGUUAACAUCUGAGAACACUAAAACUCGGUGUGAUAUUAAUUACGUUAAAUCAGCACAUGAGGAGGAGUAUCCAAGCGAUUCUUUCAAUGCCUCCGCGAACCUUAAAUCCGGUGGUGUUCCGGCGUCUUGUUGCUCUAGUACUGGAUCAAUGGAGAAAGUGAAAGUUGCGGAUCUGGAGAAGAGUUAUGGAACUGAAACAUCCGCAUAUAAAUUAAACGGAAGCGAAAGCACACCUAAGAAGGAGCUCAAGGCGGAAUCAGGCGAACUGGAAUCAUGUACAGCAAAGCCGUCACUGGAAAUGGUUAAUCCUUGCCGUACAGUCUUGUCGCCGGAGAAGAUGCCACCUGAAGUGGAACUUGAAGCCUUCUUUGCGGCUGCAGAAGAAGAUCUCAACAAACAGUUUAAAGAGAAGUAUAAUUACGACGUUGUAAAUGAUAUUCCUUUAAAAGGUCGAUACGAUUGGGUGGAACUAACGCCAGGAAAAUGACGAUUAAAGAUGAUCGAUGAAGAAUUAAUAAAUUAAUGAGCAUUUUUGUUUUGAUGAGUUAUUUGAAGCUUUUCUGGCUACCUACAGCAGCUAACCCUAAACGAGGAAGAGCGACGCUGUGAAAAAGUAUGCCGUAGUGUUGUGUGCUUUUUAAAUCGUUGUUAUAUAGUAAUUCAUAUAUAGUAAUGAUAUUCGAAUCCACCACUGGUAAUUAACUUUGAUUUUAAUUAUUUCUCAAAAUUGCUUUGUGAUUGAAUUUAACAUGAUCCAUAGAUAUAUGAUUAUAGUUAUGUUAAGAAAAUGAAAAUGUUUAUGGAAUGAAGAUGGUGGUUUGGUAAUUUGGUUGAUGCCGGAGAUCGGUGGGAGUUGGAAGGCGUUGGUGAAGAAUGUACAAGCAGCAGAAGAAGAAAACUGACGCCUUGCCGUGUAAGCUACGAACACGUGUUUGAAUGCCGGAAAGCAUAUACUGACUCCCAUGUGGAUCUUAUCGAGAGAGAGAGAGAGAGAGAGAGAGAGAGAGAGAGAGAGAGAGAGUGUGUGUGUGUGUGUUUCUGCAGCCAUGUCCAAUGUCCAGACCUUCUUUCUUCAUCACUAAAGUACAACAUGUCAUCACAGGUGACUGGUUAAAAACCCUAUAAUUUAAUUCUGUCGAAUGAAUUUAAUCCAAAGUAUAAUAUUGGAAUAUAAUAUUUGAAAAAAAGCCUUAACUACCCAUAGAUUAGGACACAUUAGCAAUGGAUUCUAUCCGACCGAUGAUUUUGAACUAUUC